AUGGACCGCCUUCCGCAAGAAUUAAUCGACCGUAUCACGAGCUACUUGGAUGAUGAUGCACUCGAAAGCACACUCACCGUGUCCCGGAAAUUCAAUAUUGCGACCGAAAUAAAAUCAGAGAUUUGGGAACGCUAUUCAGUUGAUGGAUCUGACAUUGACAUGUUUCUCAAACUCUACAAUAACCACCGUUUUCGCUAUCUCACAGACUUAACAUUCACCACCAGCUUUCCUCCCUUAGAGGUGCCACCGUGGAUACAAGAGGUGGAGGACAAUGGUGGCGACAUUGAUGCUCCUGAAUGGGAGGAAACCGCGUGCCGCGACACCGCUGAUGAUCUAAGAGCUCUGGACGAAGGAUUUACCCACCAGAUCAACUCCUUGUUUACAACAUUGAAGAUAAUUGAGGAUGGCAUAGGCAAGGUGCAUGAUUUUGGGCGGAUCGAUCUUAAAAUCAGUACCCCAACUAGAGAUGUGGAUUACUGGUAUUGCAUACAUCGUAGAACCGUUUGCUGGCGCAUUCAUCUACUAUCGCCGGAGACCCUUCCUCGCCUUUCUACGAUCCGUUCCCUCAAUUUCCAACACGAUGACUCGGAUAACACGAUUGUUUGUAUAUCGAACGCAACAUCAUUCAAAGUAGAUCCUCGUGUCCUUCUAGACAUGGUUGUUAAGCUUCCUAAUCUAGAGCAUCUACGCAGUAAUCUUUGGGAAGACGGAUGGGAAGCUAAUAAGAAAUGUGAUGGCGUUAAAUACGCCACGCGUGAGUGGGAAGGGCCUCGUCGGGACGCGCGCAAUGACUUUGUCAAAGCUUUUCAAACUGCAGUCCUGCCUAAAUCACUUAAAGAGGUGAUGCUAUGCUUCAGAGGUCUAUUUGGCAUGUCCUGGGACAUCGAUCAGUGCCAGGAACUACCAAAUCUGAUAAGCCCUGCGCCCUACGAUUUAUUUAGCUCGAGCCUUCAUAUCCUCUCACACCAGCUUCGAAAACUACAACUUCAUGUCAUGGCUGACGAGACCUUAUUCUGGCCGGUUAACUGCGGUGAUAACGAACCCUCCUGGCCCAACCUUGAAAGCCUAAACGUCAUGUUCCAUAUGGCAACCCCCAAAGGAGGGUGGUAUUUCCAUGGGCCGGAAGGAAACGGCAGAGCAGUUGAAGGUUUCGAGGUUACCGAAGCUUCGUAUCCGCCACUUGGAUUAAACGAUAUGGAUAGGGAUUGGCACCGUAGGCCGAUGAAUCCGGGGAUUUGGACAGUGAGCGAUAACCGCCAUUUUCGCGUUGUUCCUAACGAAGAACUGUUAUUGCCCUUUCUAAAUGCAUUUGCGAAGGCUGCUAGUCACAUGCCUUUGCUCAAGGAUGCUGUACUCUGGUCGCCACUUGAAUAUUCCGAGGGGGUCUCAAAGGAUUCAGAUACCUUCUUUGAUAACCAGAAAGGAUUUAGUAGCUUUAGUGGCCUUAAAAAGUCAUGGGGCAUCGCUUACGUAGCGCCAGGAGCAUAUGCAUUCGACACAGUCCUGAAACAUGUUUCUAAGAAACGAUAUUCUGACUAUCGUCGAUUGUGGUGGAUGGUGGGGAAGUGGAGACCCAAUUUCGAAUUACAUAGCCUAUUUCAGCAAAUUGGACGUCGAGCUAGCCCAGAAAAGCUAAAGGAGUAUUGGAAGGAUGACUUAGUUGGAUAUAGGACUUUGGGGGUUUGCGACCACUCUGAACGAUGA